CCUUUCUCUGUCGGACUCGGUAGUUCGAUGAUGCGGCAAUAGUGUUGUCUCUGUUGCUCUUAUGGAAAGUCACAUUGGUGAGCGGUGCGGUGGUGGAGGGCUAGUGUUAUGUGCUAUUCGAGUGCUGACUGCGAGCAUUGGUUGUUUGUGAGAGAGAGGAGAGCGUACUACACCGCCAGUUGCGCUUGAUAAUUCGUCCGCGUUUGACCGUUUCUCUCUCUCUCAUUUUUUCUUUUCAUCGUCGAGCUGUCGCGCGUGGCACGCUGCCUAGAAAAAAGAGAAAUAUAACGGUGCAUUUUUGCUGAGGUGCUGCGCGUGAGCCCCCCGCAUCAAAGGAGGAGGACACCUGAAUUUUGGGCUAUAGUGAAUUAGUGUCGUAUGGAACUGUUGGAUUUGAUCAGCUGAAAGAAAGAGUAGGACAGUGACGCCAAGAGAGAGAUACAUCGACACGAAGAGAGAGAAAGAUAGAACGAAGGGACGACAGUCGUAUGAUCUGAAGGAAGAAGGAAGCCGGGGGUUGUCGUUGGUGGUGAGACUGCAGAUACAACGAGGGAACGCUGUCGCGCGCGUCGGCAAAGGAAAAGCGGAGAGUAUACAUAUACACAUUCACGCAGACUACGGCGAACCCGGAAAUGUGAGCCGAGCGUUUGGAGGCUAGCUUGAAAAGCGAAUACAAUCGUCGGAAAUUCGGAUGGGAUCUGUGCUGGGAUGUUUGCCGAUAUGAGCAUUUUGACCACAUGAGAUGAGGAUUCGUCAGCAGGUGAACUCAGCUCGAGAUGGAACCGCCUUCGGGCCAGCAGCUUCCCCCCGAGGCCCAGGAGGAUUCCAGCUCAGUGGAGGCACUACUUGAGGUGGAUGUCUGCAGCGCCGAGCUGCAAUUCAGCGAGCGAUUCCAGCAGCAAGUGAUUCGUGUCCAGGAUGUCGCUAAUGGCGCUUUCGCUUUCCUCGAUGACGACCACGACGGCCACGACGAUCUCGGAGAGCUAACCGCGCCGAGUGCUGCUACGGACUUUGACUCGUCGCCGACCUGCCGACUGGACAACCAACUGCCUCUGCAAGACAUGGGUAGCUUAGCUUCUAGGAGCUCAUCCGAAGAAGAUGUAAGUAGGUUAGAUACUGCCACAAGUGCUCAGGAACCGACGAACAGCGCAGAAGAGGCACUGUCGCCAGCGUCGCCGAGGAGAAGGCCAACGGCACUGGCGAACAGCGGCUCGGCCUCAGAUUUUCAACCUAUAGGCGCUGAGGUGUCCGAGGAGAAAGCCCAGCAAUUGAAGAACGACGUGCGAAGGCUGUCGCCGGUGCACGUGAGUCAGCACGAGCGGACCCUCGGUGAGAUCCGACUGACCUCGGAGCCGCUGAGCUCCGCCGACCGGCUGGACGCCGAACCGAGCUACGCGGACUCGGAGCCGACGACGGACGCUUCCGCGAGUGCUGACAAAUCGGUGCUGGCGGCGAGACUGAGUGCGGGACUGAGCCGCGAGCUGGUGGUGCGGCUGUCGCGAGUGGACACUCUGAUGCCGCUGUCGCCCAACAGUGCCGCUUACAGUACGACGAUGAGUAGCGACAAGGUCCCCUCGGACUGCGCAAAAGGUGGCGGCGCGAACGACGAGGAGCUGGCACUGUUCGCCGGCGUGGCAGACGAGUGCGACGCCGAGUCGGGCGCCGCCGGUGCCAAGUACUCCGAGGCGGCCGCGAGGACGAGCGCGAACUCGCCAGCGCCGCCGAGGUGUCCGUUCGGCUCGAAUGUCGUGCUCGAGCGGUGCAGCCUGCCCUCGCCGACGAGCCCCAGCCGACAAGCCGGCGCGACGAGCUCGAAGGUGCUGGUGGAGAAGUUGCGCAUCGGCGACGAGAUCGAGUUCUCGUCGCCGGUGCAGCCGGGCCGGGCGGCCUGCCGCGUGAGUUCGCCGCCGCCCGUGUUCGGCGCAGACGUCGAGGAGAACGAACUGAUGGAGACGGGCAGCGACAGCUCGUCGGAGGUGCUGGCCUCGAUGGCCGCGGCGGCCGCCGGGGUCGCCAGCCACGUCGGCUGCGAGGACGGCCUCGCUCAGGCCAUCAUGACCAGGCUCGAGCAGGACCCGCCCGAGGCCUUCACCGAGGACUCCGCCGAAAGCCUGGCGCUGGCCCAGGGUAGUCGCGACGAGGUGCGCUCCGACGGCAGUGACUCCGGCCUGGGCAGCGAGAUGCCCGGCGACCAUUGCGCCUCGGCCCCCCAGCACGAGAGCGAUUCCGAGACUUCUUUCCUCGACAGGAUACCUGAUGACAUCCUGUCUGAUAAGGACAAGCCAGUAAGCGAACUGGAUGGAUUUGUAGAUAACGUACCAAGGGCGGUACCGUUGAUGCCGAUACUUCGGGCGCCAGCGAAGAGUAGCUUGAAGCGGCGAUUGACGGAUUGCCUCGAGGAGGCCGACGAGCCAGGCACAAAGAGGCUCAACGUCGACGAUUCCACGGGGACCCUCAAGAAGAAGCGCAACAUUCAGUUCGAUGCGGUCACGGUGUACUACUUUCCCAGGGCUCAAGGCUUCACCUGCGUGCCUUCACAGGGUGGCAGUACGCUGGGCAUGAGCGCGACGCACACGCACGCGGAGCGCUUUUCGCUGCAGGAGCACGCACUGGAGCAGCGCCGACUGCACAAGGCCCGACUGGCGCAGUUGCGGGCCCAGCGCCUGGCAGCCAACUGCCACCAGUCGGCCAACAACGAGACGGCCUCGAGCAGCGAGGACCCCAGCGACGAUACCGACGACGAACUGAGCGACGCCGAAGACCUUGACAUCGAUAACUACUACUUUCUGCAACCGGUGCCAACUUGGCAGAGACGGGCCCUGCUGAGGGCCGCGGGUGUACGCAGGAUAGACUCGUUCGAGAAGGACGAGUGCCGGGACAUUCGAGCCAGCAGAGAGCACUGCGGCUGCGCUUGCAAGGGUUACUGCGACCCAGAGAGCUGUCCCUGCAGCAGAGCCAACGUCAAGUGUCAAGUAGAUAGACAGGGCUUCCCGUGCGGCUGCUCGCGAGACGGUUGCGCCAACAGCUCCGGCCGCAUCGAAUUCAAUCCCGUCCGCGUGCGCACGCACUUCAUCCACACCUUAAUGCGUCUGGAGCUCGAGAAAAAGCCCCACCGAGAUGAGGAGCAGCAGCACCAGCAUCAUCAGCAGCAACACCAGGACACUCACCAUUCUCAUCAUCAGAAUCGACUAGCAGUGCCAAUGUCGUCGAACGUUGAGUUGCAGAACGACUGCCUCGCCGGCGGCUUCACCGGCCUCCACUACGAUAGCCAUGACGGCACGCGGACGGAUAGCCUCGAUCUCUACACCAUGAGGGACGAGUGCUAUUCGACCGACGAUUGCCUUGUCGACAACGGGCAGAAUCAGCAGAGAAAGUUGCACUCUGAGUUCGCUCAGAGUUUCCAGCAUUAUGGAGGCCAAGGGCCUAGUAUGGGCUUUCAGCAGAAUCCCUACGUCGACUAUGAGACCUAUCAGAACCUUCCAUCGACCUCGAGGUCACCCUUUCAACCGCAAUUCCAGCCGGUCACUUCGAACCCCGGUUUCUCGCACUACGGCUCCUACUCUCAAGAUUCAAGUUCAAGUUCCGCCAGUAACUGUCAUCAAACACACACUCUCAUGCACCAACAACAAGACCAGCAACAACACAAUAACGUUAUAUACGAUGCGCCUUUCGCCCACGAAGACUUGUCAGGCUCGCAAUAUACCAACCUUAACUCCAUUCAACCGAUGAACUCGGUCGUUCAACAAAUUGGAAAACUUGAAUCAUUUUCCGAGCUUUUGUCUAGUAGAUAUUCAUACUACGGCGAUAUUAUUGAUCAACAGCAAAAUCAACAACUCCACGGUGCUUACGGUGCCACAAAAAUGGACAUGGAUAAAAACGAGACGGUUGUGACUGGGCAGCCAGAGCAGCUAGACGAAGAGGAUUGCGAUGAAAAUUUUGGAGAAAUCAUCAAAAAGUCCAUGGUUGAAACUGUGUCCGCUUAGGUAGCUAAUUAGAGAUAGAAAACUCUUGAAUUUCAGGAUGUCUCGAAAGAAUUUGUUUAAACGAUGCAAUUAACUAUCAAACGUUGUAACCAUUGAACGUUUUUUUAAUUACUCUUAAAUGAAUGCUGUUUUCUUACCUAUUCUUGUAAAUCGAGUAUUUGCGUUGAAUGCACCUUUAGCAUUCAGUUUUAACUGAUAAAUUAGUGCAAUAUUGUCGGAUUUUGUGCUUAAUACUGAAAAGUGCUUGUCACUAAUUUUAAUCAAACAGAGAUCUAAUGUAUAAAAGCUCGUGAUAUCCAACAUACGAACACCAGCUGGUGCUAAUAAUUGUUUGUACAUUGCGUGUAUGGCGUUAUCGAUCAAUGAAUCUAUUUGAGACAUUCCUGGAAUAUGUUUUUUCUAUUAAAAAUUGUCAAUAUGAAUUUGGGGCGCGAAAUAUAUUUAAAGAUGAUCGAGGAAGUCUUUAAAACACUGCGCUGCCAACUACCGAUCGCGAAACCUCAGGCAUAGAUAAAUUUUUAGCUAAUUAUAAUGCUCAAAAAUGAUGUGUUUGAGGGCACAGUCACCUGGAAAUCUUGAAAAGUUAUUUACUUGCGCGAAUUUUCUAUAUUUUAGAAUUUUAAUUGACAAGAUGAAAGUAUGUAAUUACUUUGUGAAUAGUGGUAAAGAAAAGCAAUUAAAUAAAAUUCAAUUAAUUACCGAAGUUUAAAAAUUGUGAAUGUUAAAGUAAUGUGCAGUGAAAAAUUUUUCAAGAUUUUUCAAGAGUUUUUAAAAGAUGCGUCCGCCCGGGAUGGAUGGACGACGUAUAUAUCGAAUUAAAUAUAAAACUUGACGGAUACGCGUAAAGCCACAUAAAGCACAACCAUAAUGAGCAAUUUUAGAAUGUUUUUGAUGGAAAUACUUUCCAAUAAUAAAAAAACGUUUAGAAAUAUGAAAUUACAACUUUAUAAUAAUGAGUAUCAAUAUAAUAUAUAAAAUAAUGUAGAAAAACAGAAGAAAAAUCCAACGAGGUUGUGACCAAAAAUAUGGGAUCAGAUUAGAAUGCAAUUAAGCAUAUUCAUCGCAAAACUCGAAUAAACGUUGUAUCUACUGUUAUUGGUUGUUAAUUUGUUUUUUUGAGUUUUAUAAUUUCUAAGUAUUAUUUUUGAAGAAAUACAUUGAUACAUUCAAUCUGUAUUUCGACUAUAAUUAAAAAAAAUUAUUAAAAUUUUUACGAAAGAUUUUGAUGGAAAGACUUCCAAAAGAUAUGGACUUUCUUCAUUUUGGUGUCGCAGUUUACAAGUAUAUUUUCAAGGUACUAAUAUGGUCCAUCAACCCACAUUAAAAAAUUUAGAGGACCAGAGAAAUGGAAAGUUUUAUUGACUUUUCAAACAGCGAAUAAUUGAAUCAACAAAAAUUAUUGUACUGGUGCAUUCUGUGUGCCAUUACACAUUACGUAAUUAAUGUAAAGUUUUAAUCGAAAGAUUGAUUGGCUGCCUUGCUUUGUUUAUUUUGAGCACAGAAAUAGUAAACGUUUUUGAGCGAAUAUAUAUAUAUCAUCCCGGGACGUUGAUCGCUAAAAUCCUUGAUUAAUUCAAGUACUAAUUCAUAAGAUGAAAUAAUGAUAUGAUAGUGUUAAAUUUAUAUACACGAUAUUAUAUAUGAAUAUAUAUUAUAUAUUAUAUUGGACGUGUCAGUUCCCAAGUGUUUUUCCCGGCGAAACACUUCCGUUAGUCUUUUUAAUUGUAUCUAUACAAGAUGCCUGCGCGAUGCGAUUUUUGUCGCAAUUUAUGUAAAAAUAUUGAGGGGUUAAUCAGUGAAGUAUCGUUUUUUGGUUCGAUUUUGUCGAUGCGCGACUUAAAUCGAGUUUCUGCAUCAUAUAUGUUAUUAUACGAUGCGAGGGACAUGACACCUCCAUACGACAUAUAAAUAUAAAAUAAAAAUUACAUAUACACUAAACCUAUUUAAGUAACUUUCAGAUUAUUUGAAUAAAAAAGCAUUCAUAGUUUAUAGUGUUUUAUUAAAUGUUGUGAAA